CCAUUCACUGCCAUGGCGGGCCCUUACACUUCUUCUUGCUUCCCAUUGAUUUUAUUCCACGAACCUCAUCCAUUGACUUCCCCUUCAAUUUCCCUCGGCCAUUUUUCUCUUCUUAAUCAUUUUUAUUCGUCUCUUAAUCCCAUAUUAUAUACUUGUCCCUUCGUUAAUCCCGGCUCGUUAGCUGACCAGACCGAUUGACUUUCAGCUGCCGUGUAAAGACUCUCAAAAACAUUUACUGGGUCGUCUCCUUUCCCUUAUACUUUCACCGGUUUCUACGUUUUUUGGGCAUUUUUCUAUCUUGGUUUUCUUUCAGAAAUUUCCUAAAGAAGUUCCAAUUCAUGGCUGCUGCGAUCUUGUGAGAAACGUAACAACAGGAGUCAUGAGUUGGUUUUGCUCAUUAUGUAAUGGUGACAAGAGGGAAAAACCAAUGAACUCAACACCAGUUAUGUCGAUCAAUUCCACAAAUGCCGACAUUGAAGUUGGAAGGUCUGGUUCUGAACUUAAUUCGCAAAAUGUUUCAAACAGUAGCUCAGAAUCCUCAAGGAGAAAUUACAUACUCAGCAUGUCUGAAAGAGCUAGCAACCUCAGGGUUUUUACCGUGUCUGAUCUCAAAUCGGCUACUAAAAAUUUCAGUCGAACUUUUAUGGUCGGAGAAGGUGGUUUUGGAUGUGUUUAUAGAGGGUCAAUCAGGAGUGCAGAUGAUCCGUCACAAAAAAUUGAAGUUGCUGUCAAACAGCUUGGUAAAAGGGGAUUGCAGGGUCACAAGGAGUGGGUGACAGAAGUGAAUUUUCUUGGAUUUGUUGAACAUCCAAACCUUGUUAAAUUGAUAGGCUACUGUGCCGAUGAUGAUGAAAGAGGAAUACAGCGUUUACUGGUUUACGAGUUCUUGGCAAAUGGAAGUGUGUUGGACCAUUUAUCUAGUCGAUCAGAGACAACUCUUUCCUGGGCUAUGAGAUUAAGAAUUGCCCGAGAUGCUGCUCGUGGACUAACAUAUCUACAUGAAGAGUUAGAUGUUCAGAUAAUCUUCCGGGAUUUCAAAUCUUCAAACAUUCUUCUGGACGAGCAGUGGAAUGCAAAGCUGUCGGACUUUGGACUCGCUAGGUUAGGACCUCCAGAAGGGUUUACUCAUGUCUCAACAGCGAUUGUUGGAACGAUGGGGUAUGCAGCUCCUGAGUAUGUCCAGACUGGACGUCUGACAUCCAAGACCGACGUAUGGAGUUAUGGGGUUUUCCUUUAUGAACUCAUAACAGGUAGGAUUCCCAUAGACCGAAACCGCCCCAAGAGUGAGCAGAAGCUUUUAGAAUGGGUGAAGCCAUAUCUGUCUGACACAAAGAAGUUUCAGCUAAUACUGGAUCCAAGGCUGAAGGGGAAAUCACACAUUAAAUCUGCAUAUAAGCUGUCAAACGUUGCGAACCGUUGCCUCGUUCGAAAUCCAAAAAAUCGUCCAAAGAUGAGCGAGAUUUUGGAAAUGGUUAGCCGGAUUGCAGAGGCAUGGACAGAAACAGGGAACUCCCAAACACCCUUGGCGCCUUACACCAUCAAAAACUCCCAAGGCCGCCCAAUCAAGAAAUGCUAGUAGAACCGCAGAUUCUCAACAUAGAGAAAAUGGGUGGUUUCCAUGUUUACAAGCGAAGCUUUUUGAGGACACGAUGAUUGAAGUAACAACCGAUGAGCUUGGCCAGUCGAUUUCAGCUGCCAGCUAUCUCUGAUGAUAUAUGACACGGAUGAUGAUCUUGUAACAUAUGCUUCCGUAUUGUGCAAAUAAAAGUAGGUAAAAUAGCUGCUUUUUCAUGCACUAAAUCCAGAAAUUCUUUCCCCUCUUCUUCUUAUUGUGUUUAACAAAUUGAUGAUAAGUUUAUCAUAGUUGUUUCACUGAACUUGGAAGCAGUGAAGGGAUUUUAUUGUUUUAGCCAAAGAUAGCUAGAUUGCUCUUUCUUGGCUUUUGCACAACUCCAUGUAAGGCAUCUAAGACUCAAAGUCUGACUCAUUGUAAACAGUCAUAUUUGUUUAUCAUUACAAUAUACAAGUUUUGAAUACAAA